AAAUUUGACAUUUUAUGCUUAAAAAUGUGUAAUGGUGUUAAAUUAUACCAUCAUCCUAAGAAUUUGGUAACUAUGCCAAUCUUUUAAUGGUAACCCCAAAAUGCCCUCUCCUCAAACCCAAAAAAAUCAGCCCCUCCUUUCUCUCUCUUUCCCUCUCGUUUGAUCUCUCUCUCUUUCUUCUCUCACUCUCUCUCUUCUCGCACUCUCUCUCUUUCACUUUGUCUCUCUUUCUCAUUGCUCUCUCCGUUGCCGCCGACUGCCGCCGCCUGCCACCUCCACGUCUUGGCCGACUGCCACCUUGAAGAUUCUCACCCUCAAAGUCCACCACACUCAACAAAGCAAUGGAUUCAUCUGUAUUUGUGCCUGUACUGUAUGAUGGCGUUUGGACUUUGGAGGGUUUCAACUGGGUAUUUGAUUCCUCAAAAAGUAAGACAUUGAUAUUGGACAUUGACUGUACACUGAAAAAGUUGCAUGAAGUUUUGCAUGAGGAGUUGGAGGUGGACCCCUUGGUGUUUGAAUUGAAGUUAGAAGUUCUUUACAUGUACAUGAAAGGCACUAAGUUUCCACCUGAGGUUUUAGUGAAAGAUAGUCAACUACGAGUGUUCUUGAGCAUGAAGGCAAAAAUGAGUGUGGACAACUUGUUGCCACUAUUUGUGACUAAGGUGAAGAAGAAUGUGAAUUUGGAGCAGACUCCCCGAAAUGUAACCCCUAGAAGUGUUGUUGGGACCUUUGUCCCAGAAACUGAUCUGGGGGUUGGUUUGGACGAGCAAGUUGGCACUAAUGUAGAUGAUGAGAGAGUGGGUAUCGAGUUUCAUCAUUCAGAUGAGUUCGAUGCUCCCUUUUACAACAAUGAUCCUGUGGUUGAUUUGGGUGUGGAUGAUGAUGUGGCUGCUGAUGUACCUCCCCUGAGGAUGGAACUAACUCCAAGCAACCAAGUAGAGCGACAAAGAAGACCCCCCCGUAGUGAGAAUCGCCAAACACCAAGAACUAGUAGCAGUCGGCCAGGUCCUUCUGAUAGUGCUUUCGUAUCUGAAUUUGAAGUUUCUACUAAAUUCAAACCUCUUGUGUGGACAAGGGAAGACAUAGAGGAAAAUAAUGUGUAUACAACAUCUCUUAGUGGUACGCCUUCAGGAGAGAUAUAUCUUGGCAAGUUGUACAAAAACAAGGAAGAAUUGAAGAAUGUAGUUGGUAGACAUUCCGAUCAAGGCAAGCGGCCGUGGGUCAUUGGUCACAUUAUUAAGAACAAGUACACAUCCGAUGGAUCUAACUACAAGGCAAAAGACAUACAGAGGGAUAUGUUUGAUGAAUAUGGCAUCAAGAUGAGUUACGAGAAAGCUUGGAGAUGUAGAGAGAAGGCGCUUAUGUACAAGAGGGGUACUCCAGCGGGGAAUCUUAUACGAAAUUAUAUGGUUACUUCUACAUGA